ACGUUACCGUAGAAACAGCACAGCGUUGGCUUCCGGCUGCCAAAAGCUAACGGUGCUAGCUAGAACCGCCAUCUCCGAAGCUCUGUGACGUUUUUAAAUCAACUGUUAAAGCACGGCGGGUCAAUGCGGAGAUUAUUGAUCCAGGUGACGUCACUUUUCUUGAAGUUAUCCUUAGUUUACUGAAAGUUAGCUCGAGCUAGAGCGACAGCAGCAUUAGCUCCGUGUAAACGAGCCGAGGAUGCUAACAGGUGUUACAUCGAAUUCUGUGACCCGUAACGCGAGAUAGCCGGCGCUAACAGGUGAGGUGGCUAACAGAGUUGGUGAGGAUGGAGCAGGUGGAGGAGCUGAAGAGGCAGCUGGAGGAUGAACACCUGGACCUGAAGCAGAGACUCAGCCUGCUGAACGACGGCUUAAACAGGGCUCUGAACAUGGCGGCGCUGCAGACAGGCGGCGCUGCAUUGACUCGUGUGAAGUCCCAGUUGUAUCUGAGCGGCGUCCUCAGUCACUGCGUCCAUGUUCUGUCUCUGGAGCCCCGGAGGCUGCGAGGACUCUGGAGCGCCGCCGCCACACUCGCCCACCUCACCAGUUCCUGUUGUGUAGGGGUGGAACCUGGCAAACAUUCGGAGGCUUUUCAUAGGCUGUUCCUGCCGUCGGUCGUGGACGGCCUCCUGUCGUUGGCUGGUCAGCUGAUGAGGCGGGCAGAGUGUGUGUCUCUCCUCAGGAAGGUGAUGGAAUCGGUGGGCUGGCUGCUCAGAGCUCAGCCUCAGCUCUCCUCACAGGUCCUCAGCUCCGUCCACUACGAGCAGAUCCAGACAUGUGAUGAUGUCAACGUGUCUGUGCUUUGUGUGCAGCUGUGGAACCAAACCUGCACAUCCACCAGGGACUUCCUGAAAGGUUUGAGUGACGACUCUGUCCUGCUGCUGCUGAACGAAGCCGUCUGCCAAUUAGCUGUCAGCUCUGACUCGGCGGUGGGCGGGGCCUCCAUCAAACUCAUUCUCCUCAUGGCCAAUCAGCAGGAGCUCCGGGUCCACCGGCUCCUCCUCAGCUUCAGAGGUCUGGACAGCCUAUUAGACAAAGACUGGAGGGGGCGGGGCUUUGACAAGGACGUGGAUCAGCUGAUAGCAUUCAUCCAAUCUGACCAAAGCACAGCAGGUUUCUCACAGGCAUCUACUGAGCAUGUGCGGGCGGCGUGUGUGAUCCAGGCGGCCUGGAGGUCGUAUCAGACGAGACGUAGAGUGAAGAGCCUCAACAGAGCUGUGAGCACGUUGCAGAGGAGAUACAGGGCUCGGAGGAGGCAGCAGCAGCAGCACAGGGAGGCGCAGCAGUGGGAGGAGGAGUUGAAGUAUCAGGUGUGUGUGCGGCGUCAGCAGGCGAGGAGGGAGUUCCACCAGAAACAGAGACGACUGAUGCAGCUGCUUCCUGCUGACCAGGUGCAGUCGUACCUGCAGGAGUGUGAGCGCCGUGCAGCCGUGGUGAUCCAGAGCUUCUGGCGAGGCUUCAGAGAGAGACGACGCUACAACGACACACACCGACACACACUGAGACACGCACACACAGAGCAGCAGGCUGCCAGGACGCUGCAGAGAGCGGUGCGUUGCUUUCUGCAGACACGCAGAGCAGCGAAGGCUCCGCCCAUCACACCCUUCUGGAUUGGUCAGAGCGGUUUGACGGACAGUCGGAGGGUGGAGCUAAAAAGACAGGUGGAGGAAUACAUCUCUCUACAUCCUUCGUCCCGUGUGUCUCGGCAGGAGUGUGAGCGUCUCCAUGAGGAGGUGCAGCUGCUGCUGCUGUCGGAGCUGCAGAGAGGAGAUCAUCACAGGAGGGUGGAGGAGAGGACGGAGGCUCUGCUGGCUCACACACACACACAGCUGGAGCUGCUCAGAGAUGCUCCGCCCCUCUCUGUCGUCACGGCGACAGACGCAGAGUCCUUCCUGAGCCCAUCGGGUCCGAUUGCGGCCCGCGCCCGCGACGCCCAUAAUGCAAUGCUGCAGGCGAGCAGGCUGCCAUGGUGGAAGACGCUGGGAGAGACGUCCGGAGACGACUGUUGUAGCCCCGCCCACCUGCAGGAGCUGGAGGCGGGGCUUGGAGGACUGUUUGUAGGCGGGGUCAGCAAACUAAGUGAGACGGACGGAGUGAACCUUUAACCUGAUGAUUGUUCUGCAUGGGUUCUGUUCUGAUGCUGAAGCAGUGACGACGUGAUGAUGUCAGCAGCAGUGCAGCGACUCUGACACUGAUCUGAGUUCAGCUGACGCUCACACAGGCUUCACCUCAGACUGUCUGUGGCUCUGAUCUGAGUUCAGCUGACGCUCACACAGGCUUCACCUCAGACUGUGUAGAGCUUCAGUCAGAUCUGAUCUUGUGUAUCAACAGAAUGUUUCAUCUACACGUGUGAAUGAUUUCACUUCAGCUUUAUGAUUAAUAAACAAGAAGAAGCUCAGAAAUGAAA